AUGUGCUCUCAGAGCCAAGUGAAGGAGGCAGAAGGAGAAAACUCAAAGCUGCAGCUUCAGGUCAAAGAGCUGAACGAGGAGUUCCGGGCACGGCUGGUGUGCUAUGUGCAGGACUUGGCGGGUUACAUUGAUGGACUCGGAGAUGGGAAACCUCCCUCACAGGGACCUAAGAUGAGGGUGUUUGUAGAAAACCUGCUGCAGGAUGUGCGUUCCUCCUACAGGGUCAGAGAGGAGCAGCUGGCUUCUGCUGCUCGCUCCUAUAAGAAGAGACUGCAGAAGACCACUAAGACCCAUCAUGCACUGCUCAUCGCAUACAGGGUUCAGAGGGAGCAGGUUUUGGCAAAACCAGAGUGCGGUCUUGAUCCUGGACUUCCAGAGGCCAGUUUCAGCCUGGAGCUCACCGAGCUGAGGGAUGAAACUGAGAGCGAGCUCCAGCAUGUUCGUCUGGACAAAGCGAGGCUGGAGGCUCGGCUGCAGGCGGCCCUGGAGCAGGUGGCUGCCCUAAAGAUGCCUGGUCAGAAUUCAAGCUGUCUGGAGCCGGUAAAACUGGAGCAGAGAUGUGAGGAACCCUGGAUGGAUGUAAGGACACAACUGAAGAUCACAGACUCUACGCUGGUGAGCUUUGAGAAGGAGCGAGCUCUUCUCAUCACCAGGGCGACAGUUGCAGAGGCGCAGGUGUCGGAGUUGCAGGACUACGUCGACAACCACCUGGGCAGGUAUAAAGAGGAGAUCACACAUCUCCGCAGACUGCAUGGGAAACAGGAGGGAGGCCGAUCCCAGAGUGCUAAUUCAUCUCUUCAUUAA